AUGUCGGCCCGUCGUGCCCUGCUAUACCGCCCACUGGCCCGGGAACCCGCCCCCGUCAAUCAUCCCCGCCUCCCCGCCCGGGUUAACCCUCUCGCUGCCGCUGCGCUGCGAUGCGAGUGGAUCCUUGUGCAACGUGGAGAGAUCACACACUGGGCGCCGUCUAGUCAAGACCCCUCUCCCUCCCACUAUCCUCCUCCUCCCCCAAUCCCACUGCCUCCAUCUCCCCCCGCCCGCCCUCUCUGCUCAUCCACGGGAGGAGGUUGCUGCUCAGUGGCGAGUGGCGGCGGAGCAGCGCGGUCUGGUGGGCGAGGAGCCGGAGCCGGAGCCGGAGCUGGAGCUGGAGCCGGGCAGCGGGGUGAGGGACGUUCGGCCAUGAAGAAGACGGUGGCCACGUGCUGGACACUGAUGCUGCUGGUAGCCAUCCUGUGUGAGAGUGUGACCUGUAAGGGUGGGAGAGGAGGAGCGCGAGGUUCUGCACGUGGCACUGCCCGUGGCCGUUUCCGUUCUUCCCGAGCCCGAGCCCGGCCUCGCUACCCCUCACGAAGCCGCUCCUUCGGCUCCCCGGCGCGGCUGGCAGUGGCAGGGGCUGCGGCGGGUGCUGCAGCUGGGCUGGCUGCAGGAGUGAUGGCCGGCAACAUGCAGAGGUCCCGCUUGACUUGGGACGUAUUUGCCCAGCGCUACGUCGACAAGAAUUGUCCCUCUGACCGGAACUGCACAUCAGAGGUCUAUGGGUCAUCAUCAGCCUUGUCCUCAUGGCCUGACUACAGCCUGCCUUCCAUGUUCAUUGUGUUCACCUUCCAGUGUUCCCACUUGUAAAGCUGGAUCCACUUGUAACCCUGUGUUUAUCACCGCUGCUGUGGCCAGCUCCUUUAGGAAGUCUAUUCGUCUGCUUAAUGUUAGAGCACCGAAUAAUGUAGACAAUGUGGUUGAGUGUUAGCCUUCUAACAUAGUUCCCUAACAAGUAAGACUAGCGAUUACUAUCAGCACACUUAAUCCAGAGAUGGGUGUAGAGUCGGGGAGAUGGUGUCUGCUGUGGACCUGUUGUGGCUGGUAAGCAAACUGCAGUGGGUCUUGGUGUCUCGGGGGUUGGAGUUGAUGCGAGCCAUCACCAGUCCCUCAAAGCACUUUAUGAUGGAAGAUACCGAAGCCACUGGACUCAGGUCAUUAAAGGAAUAGGAGCAGAAUUAGAAGAUUUAGCCCAUCAAGUCUACUCCGCCAUUCAAUCGUGGCUGAUCUAUCUCUCCCUCCUAACCCCAUUCUCUUGCCUUCUCCCCAUAACCCCAUAACGGGGAAACUUGGGGAAUCACAUCCUUAACAGAACAGUAGCUGUCGUAGUGAUAGGCUGUAAUCUGUUUGUGGUUUCUUUAAUAUUCAAAAUGUGGAAGUGAUGUUUGAAAUAUUUUAAAUGGUAAAAAUAAUACUUUAGAAACUUUUAUAAAGUUGUGUGGCCAGAAUGAUGUUUCUAUUUUAUAUGCACUAGCAGUGUUUAAUGCAACCGCUAUGAACACAACUUUGUGAACAAUUGUAGCGGAAACAUUGUUGUGCUUGUAUUAUUUAUAUGGUACAAAUGAUGAAUUUGAACACUUUUGAUGUUACAUGGAUUGAUAAACAUUUUAGGAGACUGCGCACAGCUUGCAUGCAACACAUUGUAUCAAUGGUGUAAGAGUCGACUGUUUCAUAUUGUUUGGAAUGCAUCAGUAUUUAAACAUAUCUGCCUAAAUAAAGGAAUUUACGCACAAUA